UUCAGAUUCAGCUACCAAUAUAGCUGGUUUUAAACCUGAUUCACUGCCGUUUAUACAACACCGCGCGGUCGUCAGACAUUGUGUGAGAACGCGCCGCCAGACGAUACGUACAACGGGACAGUGCGACGCAUUCGUCAGGCGCACAGCUACAAGGAACUUAAGUUGCUGGUCGACAGACAGUUGCGGUGGAGGGACAAGCACGGCGUGACCAAUUACUGCAACGGAAGGAUUGACGCGCGCUAUCGUCAGCGCCCGAACGCCGAAGGUGAAGGGUUUUGUAGCCGCAAAGCGUUUAAGUGCGCCACAACAGGUAAAGGAAAAGACGAGAAGUCAUCAAAGCGACAAAUAAAUAGCGGCGCUGACGUCAAUGCAGACAGCGCUAAUGCUAAUGGAAAACUGUACGAUUACAGUGAUGGGUAUGCUGAUGAUGACGCUGACAAUAGUGCUGCAAAUGACAGCGUAGGGAAAGUGAAAGCACCAGUAUUGCAAGUGUCACGUAGUAAAGAAGCAAAUAAUAAACACACUUGGUACCGAAAACUGCCAGCGGCUAAACAAACAGCGCGCACAGCUAGUGCCGAAAGUGUUGGCCACAAAGUAACACGAAAUCAGCAUUGCGCUACAGCACUUACAGAGGUUAGCACGUACGCAUACAAAGGGCGCCCACAUACCGUUAAUUACCACAAAAACGUACAACCGUUUAGUGUAGCCGCAGACGGAGCUUUAAGUACCACCGAAAGCUACUUGCGCUUAGCUUGUGAGUACUACGAGCAAGGAGUGUUACGGCACGUCGAGUACCUACAAGCAAUCGGCCAGCGGAACGCCGCACGGCGCGAGCAGCGCAGACUUGCCACAGCGUGCGGACAAACGUCACAAACGACACGCAGCAGCAGCAACGAGGGCACAGCUUCGCGCGACAGUAGCGCCAGCAAUACGCCGGUUGGUACGCCACGCGUGCGCAGCGCGGAGCAUUACUUUCGUUUGACUAAUUUAUUGCGGCGCAUUGGCCGUAAGCGCAGUUUCAAAGUUGGCUGUAGCGCCACUGCUAUAAGCGCGCCGCAACAUAAUCCGUGCGCAAUACGCGUUAACAUUAAACCGUUUGUGGGGCGCGCGGUAAAAGCAUUAAAAGCGACGCGGCAAAAGAACGUCGCGGCGCCAAUUACGCCGAGCACGCCAGCAGCGCAUACAGCGCGUACGCCCGAUGGUUGUAGCAUGAACGAUUAUCUGAAUGCCAAUUCGUCAACGGCAAUAAAUACAACAACAGUGGCAGCACGCGCGCAUUUCCAUGAAUUAAUUGAUCAUCUAAUGCAAUUAGAGAUAAGUGACAUUGAUGCGUCAUUGCCGAAAAUUACAUUAACAGACUGUUCGAGCAUAGGUAAUGCGGAGCCGAUAGAGGUAGCGCAUACAGACACGACAGCAACAAGCCAUAGCAACGAUAACGCUUUUGCAUUUCAAUUUGACAACGCUUACAAUAGCAACAAUUUUAGUGCCUACAACGCGUUCGAUACGCAAGUCGCUGAGCAAAAGCAGCUAGAGCAACAGGUACGCACAGCGGCGCGUCGUAACGGUUUCACGCUCAGGCAAACGAAAUUCGGUACAUCGUAUUCGAGUCUGGAUAUUCCCGACGAAGUCCACUAUAACAGCGAGGCGAGGCCACCGUAAAAGCCUUGCCAUCACUAUUUGUACAAACUCAAGUGUCCUGCCACUUCACGCAACUUAAGCACAGCAGAAACUACUUCAUCUUUCGAGAAACUCAAUAAAUAAGCGAAGUGUAGAAGAAUUAACGAACCAACAACCGAUCGAUAUCAUCGUUAGCCAUCGUAACUUAACAUUUUUCGUGCCAGCAGCCAUUCAUUCAUUGUCCAACUGAAGUGCGACAUCAAGUGUGUUCGACGCAGAAGACCGUUACCACCGAUAACAUUAUUGUUGUUGUUAUUUUCUUUUGAUUUAUCCAACGGUUUUUCGCGCAUCGUCGUCGCUGUGAACAAUGGUUGCAAUCGAACAUCGUCAAAAGUCAUCGACAGCAGCAACAGCAACAGCGACAGCGACUUCAGCAGCAACAAUCAAUAUAGCCGUAUUAUCGCCAACAUCGUCCGCCUCAUCAACAUCGGCUGCGUCGAAUACGACCACCACCACCACUUCGAGCAUUCAACAACAGCAGCAGCAACAACAACAACAAUUACAAAUAAAGAAAGAGGAGCCGGAGGAGAAAUCGCAUUUGGUGGACGACGAGAUAUUGAAAACCAAUCAGAAAUCGCCAAUAAAACAGAAACUGGCUAAAAUGUCCGAGUUGGAAUCACCCGCCGAGAUACAAAAUUUGGAGAAGAAACAAGCACAUAAAUCUACUGCCGGCGCCGUCUCGAAGAGUGCGGUUAGUCAGCGUAAUGUCGAUAUAAAGAUUGCCAAAAAAUCGAACUUGGAUGCGGCCACUAAGGAGCUAACGAAGAAAGUACUCAAAUUGGAUUUGACGGGGAAGGAGUUGGACGAAUUUUCGAUUAAAUCACCCAAAUCUCCAAUUGCGCGCUUACCACAUCAAACAUCACUUACCUCCUCAGUCGAUGUGGAGGAUCGCAAAACGUUACGUGAGGCCUUAUACCAGGGUAUAUUUCAUCGUCAUCGAAGAACCAUCUUUGCCGUCGGCAGCUUCUUACGCAUGUUACGCAGUCGCAAUUCACAAUACAACACCAUACGCAGCUCAUCCGAGGGCGAGGAUGUGGAUGAGGUUAGAUAAGACAAUGAAAAUGUGUAGACACACCAAUCUACAGUUAUAAAUCAAUAAAUUAACGGUUAUAUGAGAAAGAAAGAUACAAAAAAAAAUCAUACAAACACAUAUGCAUACAUACAAACAAUUAUAUAUUAUAUAUGUAACAUAAAGCAUAGAAAGUAAUGAUAAGCGUAUAUAUGUUACGUGAGCGAUAUAAAUAAAAUAUUACUGUUAACAAAUGCAAAUCAUAGCAAGCAGAGAUACAACAAAACAACAAAUAGGUACAAUGUUGAUGGUGCGAUAGUGCGGACGCGCCUGGAUCUACCACAUAUUCAGUUAUAUAUUUAUUUGUUGGUAUGAAGUAUACAUCGUCUUCGCUACGCCAAACCUUCUAGCGUGACGAAACGAACAAGCAAUUGGCAUAAAUGUAAAAAAUUGGUAUAAACUGUAAGUAGCGAAAGAGCAAGCGUUGUUAACAUCUUUGUGCGCUACACACAUGCUCUCUUGUAUUGAAUGGAACUGGCUUGUUGUUCUCCAUUUUAAAUUUUUGUUAAGCGAGCGGCGAAUCGAAGACGGUCAAAGCAGGCAAACAAUGACAAGGAAGGAAUAUAGUAAUAGUAAUGUCUGCCGCGCUACACUCAUACAUAUAUACAUAUAGACACACAUAUAUCUACUUAUUUAACGAAAAUUGUUAGUUUAUUAGUGAAAAGGUGAAAAUAUUCACGCAAGAAUUUACGAAAAUUGUGAAAUAGAAAGUUGUGCUAUUUAUUUUUCUCCACAACACAUACAUUCAUACACACAAGUAUGUAUGCAAUUACCAAAAAAAGCAAAAAAUUCUAAAAAAAAUAAUAAACUUAUUUUGUAGUCCCCUUUUUAGUUCUACUUACUGUAAAUUAGCAUGUAGCUUUGUCACUAAAUAAUUCUGUAAGCCCUGCAAGUGUAUGAAAUAAUUUGAAGAUUGUAAGUAUAUUUUGCACGAUUCAUUAAAAUUUUAAGAAAUGUCAUUUUAUAACUGAAAAAUCGCUUGCUUUAAUAUAUAUGAAAUGUAUUCGGGUAGUACUUAGUUUUCUUACUACGAAAAAAAUCGAGCAAAAAAAUAUAUACACACAUACAUACAUAUAUGAAGAAAAUAUUUUAAAUCAAAUGCAUAUAAACCUAAUAAAUUUGUUAUACGAGUAGUUGUCGCAUGUAUGAGACAAACGAGUUUUAUUAUAUACAUACAUACAAACAUGAGUAAUAUUUUUCAAACAGUUUUGCUUAACACAUUCCGUAUAAGCCGAAUAACCUCGAAUUAGUUACUUACAUACAUAAUAAAUGAUAUAAAUAUAUAACAAAUAAAUAAA